GGGAUGGACUCGCUGGCAGCACCCCAGGACCGCCUGGUGGAGCCGCUGCUAUCGCCGCGGACCCAGGCCCAGAGGCGGCUCAAGGACAUCGACAAGCAGUACGUGGGCUUCGCCACGCUGCCUAACCAGGUGCACCGCAAGUCUGUGAAGAAGGGCUUCGACUUCACGCUCAUGGUGGCCGGGGAGUCAGGCCUGGGGAAGUCCACACUGGUCCACAGCCUCUUCCUGACCGACCUCUACAAGGAGCGGAAACUGCUGAGUGCUGAGGAACGCAUCAGCCAGACGGUUGAGAUCCUAAAGCACACGGUGGACAUUGAAGAGAAGGGAGUGAAGCUGAAGCUCACCAUCGUGGACACACCAGGCUUUGGGGAUGCCGUCAACAACUCUGAGUGCUGGAAGCCCAUCACCGACUAUGUGGACCAGCAGUUUGAGCAGUAUUUCCGGGACGAGAGUGGCCUCAACCGCAAGAACAUCCAGGACAACCGUGUGCACUGCUGCCUGUACUUCAUCUCCCCUUUUGGGCACGGGCUGCGGCCAGUGGACGUGGGCUUCAUGAAGGCCCUGCAUGAGAAGGUGAACAUCGUGCCCCUCAUCGCCAAGGCCGACUGUCUUGUCCCUGGGGAGAUCCGCAAGCUGAAAGAGCGGAUCCGGGAGGAGAUCGACAAGUUUGGGAUCCAUGUGUACCAGUUUCCUGAGUGUGACUCGGAUGAGGAUGAGGACUUCAAGCAGCAGGACCGGGAACUGAAGGAGAGCGCACCCUUCGCUGUUAUCGGCAGCAACACGGUGGUGGAGGCCAAGGGGCAGCGGGUCCGGGGACGUCUGUACCCUUGGGGGAUCGUGGAGGUGGAGAACCAGGCGCACUGCGACUUCGUGAAGCUUCGCAACAUGCUGAUCCGCACGCACAUGCACGACCUCAAGGACGUGACCUGCGACGUGCACUACGAGAACUACCGCGCACACUGCAUCCAGCAGAUGACCAGCAAGCUGACGCAGGACAGCCGCAUGGAGAGCCCAAUACCCAUCCUGCCGCUGCCCACGCCCGACGCUGAGACUGAAAAGCUCAUCAGGAUGAAAGAUGAGGAGCUAAGGCGGAUGCAAGAGAUGCUGCAGAAAAUGAAGCAGCAGAUGCAGGACCAGUGACCCCGCUGCAAUCCCACGUGCCAUGACUAUCCUGCCGGCUUCCGGGCUGGCCCUUCCCACCCCUGGACCCUGACGGGCCUGGACUCGACGCCGGAUUCGUCUGGAUCGCCCAUAGGCCCUGGCGCGACCCCCCCACCCCAGAGUGGCCCAGACCUAGUUUUUUUUCCCUCCUGUUCUCAGAGACGCUGGGUCACAACCCCCAGCCAACCCUAAUUUAUUCUCAGCAUCGGCCCCUCCCCUCGUUUGUAUCUGCUUCCCAGGGGCCUGGACGGUGGGGCCCCUCCCCCCACAUACAGCCCUCUCUGGCCUUGGGGCGCUGGAUCUAAGUUGGGUGGUGACUUCUGAAAUCUGCCCUCAACCGGAAGGUCACUGCACUGACUCCAGGCCCUACUUAUACGGACGGGAGAACCAAGGCAGAGUGGAGGUGGGGGUGGGAGGCUGAUCCCUGGGACCCUGGCCUGUUUCCCGAUUCGGAGCCUCCCUUUGGGCCCCCGUGGGCUGGGUCUUUCUUACCCCUUCCCCCACUCUCCAGGCACCCUCUGCACACAGGUUGGGAGCGGAAGGGAUUAGGCUCCGUCCGAACCUAAGGAGGUCAGCUGGCUGCUGGGGGCAGUAACGUGGCUGGGCUUCGCUGUGAAUGCCGGCACCCCUCCCCCACGGCCUGGCCUGGCCCCGGGGGGCUCCAGAAGCAGCGGGUGGUCGGCAAACUGGCCACUCUCGUCCCUGUCCCACCACCGUUUUUGCCCAUCAGUGGCGGGAGGCCCGCUCUCCCCAGCAGCACUGUCGCCCUGGGUUCCCGAGUCCCUGGUCCCUGUCCCUCCACCCGCAUGAUCCCUGGCUCCGAGCCCCAUUCUCCAGUGUGUUCCGUUGUGAAUGCUGCGCCCUGUCCUGGUGACAGGAGAACAAUGUUGGUGAGCGUCGAA